AUGUAUUUCAAAGCCCACGUCCGUGUAAAUCCUUAUCCAGAAUGUCCCUACUUAGUGCUUGCGGAUGAGGGCCCCAACCUCAUGCACUUACCAGGACUUACUUCUAUUUCAUGGCCUCAACACAAUCGUUCAAACCUCACUCGGAGGGCGGUGAGAACUGGAUUUGACCUAGCACUGAGCGAAGGCCAAUACAACAGCUUGGAAACGCUUCUCCGAGUGUUCGAGGACGUAAUGAUCUCCUUGAAGCUGCAGAAUCAGUGGUUUCUAGAUAGUGGCAGUCUGAUAGGUUCCCUUCGUCAUCACGAGAUCAUUCCGUGGGACGAUGACAUUGAUGUUCGUGUCGACAUACACCACCGUGAAAGGAUUCUAUCCGCUCUGCGAAAACACCCAUCUGAGUUGAGAACGUACAAGAUGUCCAACCAUGACAAACUCUACUUCAGACCAAUGAAGGAAAAUAAGAGUGUGGACUCGAGAACGAUUGGCAGUUUUAAUUUCUCGCAUGUGCCAUGGGCGUGGCCAUUCAUUGACAUUUUCUACUACAGACGGAGAUUUAGUGGCAUGACAUUAGAGUUUGUGCGAGAAUCGAAGCACUAUGACGUUCAUCAAAUAUUUCCAGUCACAUACCGACCCUUUGGACAGCAUUGGUAUCCGGCACCUCGCAAUCCCGUGCAUGUGCUUUCCUCAUACUACUCCUCCAAUAACCACCUUUGCUUGUCUCACCACUGGUCACACGCUACAGAAAAAGGCGUUUCACCAAGUUCUGUACCAUGCAGUUCGUUGUCCCACUUGCAUGCAUUUGUCCAACGCUGUCCCAUUGCAAAGAGUGGCAGUAGGUGGAAAGACCUGCGACUCUGUGACGAGCAUUUGGUUGAUGGCAGCGGUCGCAGCAUACACACGAUACGGACUUUACUGCGUCGUGACGAGAUUGAGUCGCCAUUCUUUGCUGUGAAGCACGCCUCUUUCUCUUGCCCCUAG